AUGGCGAAUAUGAAGAUUAUGAAAUUUUUAGAAGCCUCCAAUAAAGUGUAUAAACCUAAUAUUAUAAGAUUAAUAACAAGAAAUGUGCAUGAUGUAACUACAGAAUCUGCUAAAAAAGUUACUCAUACUGGUCAGAUCUAUGAUGAGGAUGAUUAUCGUAAUGUACGAUUUGUAAAUAGGCCAAAGGAAGUUAACGAUAAUUGGGCUAUUAAAUUGAUUGAUGAGAUUCCUCCUACGUCUGUAAAAGAUAAAAUUGUUGCUUGCGACGGAGGAGGUGGACCUUUGGGGCAUCCGAAAGUUUAUAUUAAUUUGGUAUAAAUUAUAAAUAUUUGCAACAUUAAUAAAUAUGUUCAUUAAAUUUAUUUACAUACUUGAUUUCAUUUUAGGAUAAACCUGGUAACCAUACUUGUGGAUAUUGUGGUUUACGUUUUUAUAAAGAAGAUCAUUGA